CAGAGCCCACGGUCAGAUGGUCGCCAUGUUCACCGCCUUCUGAGACGACAACGACGACGCUGAUUUCAAGUUCAUCCACGUCUUCGCAAGAAUUGAGACGUGUGACAAGUGGACGAAGACGCGGAAUGGCCUUGCCAUGUCCGGCACCUACGACCUGAAAGCCGCUCCUCCGGCAGCAGCGGAAGGUUGGCCCAUCGGCCACAAGAAGGCAAAGGCAAUGAGGGAUGCCACGCCGGUCACGGAGCGCCUGUACCCAUGCAUUGAGAAGUGCAUGUCUGAUGCCGCCGCACAACCCGCGAAGAGGGACGAGCUCGCCACCAAGAGGGAAGCGGUCGCCACGUCACGGUGGGCAACGGUGAUCAAGAAGCAAGAUGACAAGCUCGAGAUCCUCAAGGUGAAUGUCGCGGCGAAGAAGAGGCGGGAGGACUUGUUGAUCUUGACAUGCGACACCACCGGCAUGGACGCCGAAGUGAAGGCGUGGUACAACGACCAGCGCAGGCUCAUUUUGGCCGAAGCAAGAGCGCCAAAGUCGACGCCCGCCACAGCAGCAACGGCCCCCUCUACUCCAUCGGCGUCGUCACCACCCGAAAUAGCAACUCCGGCCACUUCUACACCACGACGGCUUCAGAAGUGCCAUCAGCGCCGGUGGAAGAUGAAGGGGCCGAGUGAUUUCACUUUUAUGUAAGUUUGAUGUUAUUUUGAUCGCCGAAACUUGUGAUUAACUUCGGGGAUUUGGUGUUUUGGGCCGGCCUGUGAAAUGGAGGCAAAACUUUGUUUGAAUUGUAAUUUUUUUGUGAUGUCUUUGUGAAAUUGCCGGCCUGUGAUGUUGUCAUACCAGUGGCCCACGGGGUCCCGCUGAUACGGGACACGUGGGUCGCCAGUGACGAAGCCCCAUCAGGAAGGACUCCCGGAAAGUGACGAGCCCGGGAAGCCUGCCUCGAGGAGACGACC